UUUUGAGUGAGCUCGGAUAAAAUGAUUCUCGAAUUUUGUAUUAUUAUAUUCCUGAUGGCUAAUUAACUGGGAACUGGCAUCCAAGGCUUAAGGUGUCUCCAGCCAAAACUUGUAAUACAUAGGUAUAGCUAUUUAAUCAGGAAAUUUAGUAGGAAUUCCACAUAUUUCAGUGGGUUACUACUAGAAAACUAGAGAGAGGCUCAAUCUAGUUAUGGGGCCCUCUCAAGUGGGUUGCUCUCAAAGCAGAGGGGGACGGGAAACAUGCUCUGUAAAACCUGAGAAUUACAUGACUUUUGCUAGGUUUUCCAUUCCCAUGUUCUCCCCACAGGACCAGAUUGUACAUGAUAUAAUAGUUUCAGCUCUUACAGCUUCUAUAGUCCUGGUUUGCCUCAGGUUCUGGGAUGAAAUGGCCAAACGAAAUGUUUUUGAUCAGAAACUGAACCGCAAGUUUGUGCAUAUAAACAUAGGACUUGUGUUCAUGCUCUGUUGGCCUCUUUUCAGUAAUGGUCCUCAGGCACCGUACUUGGCAGCAUUAGCUCCUGGAGUCAAUAUAUUCCGGAUGAUUGGAUUGGGAUUCGGAAUAUUAAAAAAUGAAGCAAUGGUUAAAUCCAUGAGCAGAUAUGGUGAUGCCAGGGAGCUUUUAAAAGGACCGCUGUACUAUGCAUGCAGUCUAACAUUCAUUACUAUUCUAUUCUGGCGGACAUCUCCCACUGCACCUGUAGCAAUGGCCACCUUAUGUGCUGGAGAUGGCGUUGCAGAUAUAGCUGGAAGAAGGCUAGGCACCAUAAAACUUCCUUACAAUAGGAACAAAUCAUUUGCUGGCAGCUUUGCAAUGCUUAUCAUGGGAUUUACUGUUUCUGUAGGGUAUUUGUUUUACUUUGCAUCUUUUGGAUAUUAUGAAGUUAGCCUACAGAUGAUCAUGUUAACUCUCUUUAUCUCCAUCGCAGCAACUAUCAUAGAGUCUUUACCCAUCAGUACCGACAUCGAUGACAAUCUUACUGUUUCAUUAAUAUCUGCUUUAGUUGGCUUUUUGGUUUUCUAAUUUUGUUAGUUCAAAACAAUAGAAAAAACAAAAGUGCUGGCCAGUGAGAGGUUGAAGAGUGCACCAUUUUGCAAUAAUUUUGUACAUGGCCAGUAAAAACAGUGAAACACUAUAAUUUGUUGUCCUAGUGUCGCAUUGCACAUACAGUUGGGGAUUUGAGAAUCCAAAACUAAAAAACGCUUGGCUAGAUAUUUGUAGUACAUAUUGGUUAUGUUUGUAGUA